AAGUCCUGAUAGUCUAUGCACAUCAAGAGCCCAAGUCUCAAUGGAGCUUUGUUGAAGAUUGCUGUGGAAGAACUGACCAAGCAGGGCUGCAGUGUCACCGUGUCAGAUUUAUACGCCAUGCAGUUUGAGCCCAGAGCAACAAGAAAUGACAUUGUUGGUCGCCUGCACAACUCAGAAGCGUUCAAUUAUGGUGUGGAAACCUGGGAAGCUUACAAGAGAGGAGGUUUGUCCAAAGACCUGGUUGAAGAGCAGAAGAAGGUGCAGGAAGCAGACCUGCUGAUUUUUCAGUUUCCCUUGUUUUGGUUCAACAUGCCUGCGAUCCUGAAGGGCUGGAUGGACAGAGUCUUGGUCCAAGGCUUUGCUUACGAUUUGUCAAAGGCCUAUGACGGUGGUUUGCUCCAGGGCAAAUUAUCCUUGUUUUCUUUCACCACGGGAGGAACCAAAGAGAAGUAUGCAAUCAGAGGUGAUAUUCGUUAUCUCCUGUGGCCCAUGCAGCAUGGAAUCAUGCACUUCUGUGGUGUCAAGGUCCUUGAACCUCACAUCUGUUAUGCUCCAGCUUUUGUCUCUGAGGAGAAGAGAAAGGAGAUGCUGACUGCCUGGACCCAGCGUCUGAAGACUCUUUGGAAGGAAGAGCCCAUAGACUGCUCUCCUGACUGGUAUUUCAAGUAGUGUUCAGGUGCAAGACUACAGAGAGAAGAUUUUUUUUUUCACCAUUCUUUUUGAUGCUCUAUCUAAAUACUUGAACACUAAUCUCCUAAUUCAAAGGCAUUUUAAGAAUCUUAAAUACUACAUCUAGCAGUUUAACUGACAACAUAGCAUUUAUCUUCACUGAUUCCCUAGGCAUUCCCUUCAAGGAUGGGUACAAAACUCUUUGUGAAGUUCUCCUUGCUGACAUAAACAGUGUCAUCCUGCCUCCUUGUGGUUGAUAACACAUGUGGUAAUUCAUGGCAGAUCAUACCAUUGCUGCUUGUGAAACAGUACAUGGCCAAGUUUACUUUAACACUUUUUGUACCAUUUGCCACUUUUUUUCCUUUACCAGGGACUAUGGUAAAGGAAAUUACCCAACUUGUCAUUUAAGAGCCCAAGAUUGAUUGUGAGAUCCUACGCUUGUGCCUUAAAGCAACAAAACCAGAUCAUGAGUAGUGUUACAAAAGGAUGUUGCAAAGUAUCUUAAACAGCUGGAAGGCUUGUGGGCAGCCUCAGACUUUUAGAGACAUUUACAAAGCAACGUUAAAAUCUUAUCAGAUACCAGAAAAGGGAAAAAAUAAAUGCAAAUUUUGUACAUUAGUAUGCGUGUGAUUUGCCUUCCUUUGUAGGCUACAACUU